AGCGCUCGCGCCGCGUUUUUCUCCACCGUAUGUAACGCUUCCGAGCAAUAACGGGGUUUUCUUCGCUCGCUGCUAACGGAAAUUUUUGGUACGUCAUUAAUAUGGCGCCAAAAGAGUUAUAAGUGUGAGCUUAUGUUGCUUUAGCUUGAGAGAUGCCUCACCUCAGCCGGUCUUGUUUACGCAGGCGGUAAAAAAAACAGAAUAUGGAUGUCCAAACCCGACAGAAACGAAAUUUAAACGCUUGUCGCAAUUCGUGAACGCGCUCGCGAUGGCUUGUCACGCCACUGGAGCAGUUAGUGCGCUUCACUUUGCAGGAUUCUGAGGGAACGCUUUCCUCAAAAACAAUUUUGGGGAUGACGGACCGACAACCGUUGCCGUAAUAAGUGUAAAAACAGCGAAGUCGACGGAUAACGGCGUCGGAUGGGCGCUGCUGUGGAUGAUUCAAUCCGCCGACAGUAACUUUUAUUUCUGGCUGCGGAGGGGAAAUACAUCUACAUGUGCCUGGCCUCAGAUGAUCCCCUGAUUUCUGUGCAUCGAGGACAUCCCUCUUGUGCAAACCGCAAAUAAGAUGGAGAGUGAGAUGAAGAGGAGGAAAUACUCCACCAGCAGCAACGACUCUGACACCACCGACAGUCAUGUGACCACCUGGUCACGGUCUUCAAAGAACACAGGGACUAGCAGCACAUGGGUACGCCAUGAACAGAAGAAACCGUCUGAGGUGUUUCGGACCGAUUUUAUUACAGCCAUGAAGUUGCCUGAUUCAGCACAACUGAGCCCAGAGGAGUUUUAUUUCCUAUCCGACCCCUGGAGGCAGGAAUGGGAGAAGGGUGUUCAGGUGCCAGCCAAUGUGGAAACCAUUCCCGAGCCUGUAGUCAGGAUGCUUCCGGAGGUCAAUCGAAUCCCAUUCUUUUCACCGAUCCAAACCAGGGGCCAGUCAGAGUUUGGCUUCGGAGAGUCACAUGGUCUCACCGAGCCAUUGAGUUGUUACAAUCUUGAUGAUCUGGAUGUGACCUGGCUUGAACUGGUUAAUGCUGAAUUCAGACAACUAGCACUUCCAGAGCUGGACGAGCUCACCAUGGAGCAGGUUGUGGUGGAGCUGGAGAGCAGGUGUCAGCAGAACAUGCAGCAGGCCAUCGAGACCGAGGAGGGUCUGGGCAUCGAAUACGACGAGGACGUGGUUUGUGAUGUGUGCCGCUCACCUGAGGGGGAGGACGGCAACGAGAUGGUUUUCUGCGACAAAUGCAACGUUUGUGUGCAUCAGGCGUGUUACGGGAUCUUGAAGGUGCCGCAGGGUAACUGGCUGUGCCGAACCUGUGCCCUCGGAGUGCAGCCCAAAUGUCUGCUUUGUCCCAGGAGAGGAGGAGCUCUGAAACCCACGCGCAGUGGAACCAAGUGGGUCCACGUCAGCUGUGCCUUAUGGAUCCCCGAGGUGAGCAUUGGCUGCCCUGAGAAGAUGGAGCCUAUUACUAAAGUAUCCCACAUCCCAGCCAGUCGCUGGGCCUUGUCCUGUGGCCUGUGCCGUGAACACACAGGCACAUGUAUACAGUGCUCCAUGCCAUCCUGCAUCGUGGCCUUCCACGUGACCUGUGCGUUCGACCACGGACUAGAGAUGUGCACCACUCUGGCAGAGAAUGACGAGGUGCGCUUCAAAUCGUACUGUCUAGAGCACAGCAGCGUCUCGCGCUCAAACAGCGGCGGGAAUAUGGCCAGACCCGAAAUGCGGCAUGCUGGUCCCGAUCUAUCGGAGACGCAUUUGGAUCGUUCGAAGCAGGAUCAAGCAGAACAGGAGAAAGCCAGCCAACGCAAGAAGAAGCUGCAAGAGCUUGAAGAUGAGUUUUACAGAUUCGUCGACCCCAAGGAAGUCGCAGAAAGUCUUUCCCUGCCGGACGCUCACGUGGACUUCCUCUACCAGUUCUGGAAACUGCGACGAAAGGCCAACUUCAACCAGCCGCUAGUGGCCCUCAAGAGGGACGAGGUGGACAAUCUCGCCCAGCAGGAGCAGGAUGUUUUGUAUCGCCGUCUGAAGCUCUUCACUCAUUUGCGUCAGGAUCUCGAGAGGGUCGACUUUAAUCUGCUUCUAAAAUGCGAUGAAUGUAAAAUGAGUCAUAUGGAGCAGAUCACAAUGAUGAGUCAUAUGGAACGUGAGCAUUAUCACGGUCAGAAACUUGUGCUACAUGGUCACACGCAGAGAGAAGAUCAAACACUCUUUAUGCAACCUGCAGGAGAAGAUCUUUUCCUUGCAGAUUCAGCUCUUAGAGAAGGACCUGGUUGGAGAGCACCUCAAUCGCUAUGGAGCCAUUCUUGUCUUCGUCCCUGCUCCGGCGUCGAAACAAUGGCGGACUGUUCACAGCUCACUCAGGGCGGGUCUAAGAUUGGCAUGCGGCCGCCAGGCCUGCGAGCCUCAUCAGCACGGUCCUCGACCCUCAACAACAAAGCUGAAGUAAAUACUCGGAGAGGGGAGAAGAUUCAUCGCAAUGGAGUCAGGGAACGAGUGAAAGAAAGGAGAAAGAGGAGUCCAGAAAAGAAAGACAAAUGGAGAUCAGAUGACAACUCUCUAUUCACACAGCUGGGUUUCUCCAAAUCCUUCCCGCUAGGCGGCUCGCUGUUCGACAGCUGGCUGGCUCAGUCCGUUCACAUCACGGCAGAUAACAUGCUGAGCCAGUGGUCUCUAUCCAGAGAGACGCGCGAUCCGUCGGUUAGCCUUCUGUCAGACCAGCUCCUGCAGGACGAGGAGAGCCUCCUCAGCCUCAUGAUGGACCACUCCAUCAAGUCCACCUGGAAAACGCCCCAGCUGGGCCGCAAGCCGAGGGGCGCGCCGCGCAGCCGCAGAAAAUCCGUCUCGCUCCCGAGAAUCGGAUCCGCGGUUAAAGGCAAGGCCUGGUCCAAACGAGGAGAGCGAGCGCGUCAUGUACACCACCAUCACACCCGCAGCAGCGACGGCAGACCGGACCCUCUGCAGCCAGCCAUAUCCAAAAUGGACUCGUGCCACAUUUCUGAAGAGCGUAGCUCUUGCGGAUUCGUUGCGGAUACCAGCAAGCGCUCGCAAAUGGCCUUGCGUCUGCGUCUACCUAGACGGGGCAAGUCACGCUCUAAGAGCGACUCGAUGGAGACCUCCCUUCCCAACAGCACUGGGAACAGCACCUUCACACCCGACACUGAAACGGACGGCUAUUUCUCUGACGCGGAGCAGAGUGACAGUGAAUUGCGCUCGUUUAGCCGGAAGCUGCGUUUGCCCCAACUGCAUGCUGGGAAGGAGGAGGUAGUGCGGCGAAGUGUGCUUGCCUCCUAAAAGCAUUUUCGGGUGCCCGUCUAUCUCCCGUUUGCAGACCUUCAGAUGUAACGGGGUGUGUUCUUUUCUCGCUUCAUGUGUCAGAAUACACUACUAGUCAAAAGUUUUUGAACGGUAAGAUUUUUUAUGUUUUUUUUAAAGAAGUCUCUUCUGCUCACCGAGGCUGCAUUUAUUUGAUGCAAAAACAAUUUUACUGUUUAAAAUAACUGUUUUCUAUUUGUAUAUGUUUUAAAAUGUAAUUUAUUCCUGUGAUUUUAAAGCUAAAUUACUCCAGUCUCACAAUCCUUCAGAAAUCAUUCUAAUCUUCUGAUUUGCAGCUCAAAAAAAUAUUUAUUACGUUGAAAAUAGCUGCUUUAUAUAUAAAUGUUUUUAUCAUCACUUCUGAUCAAUUUAAAAGCAUCCUUGCUUUCCCCCCCCAAAAAAAUUAUAUUGACUCCAAGCUUUUGAAUGGUAUAGUUUGUAAUGUUACAAAAGCUUUUUUUUAUUUCAGAUAAAUGCUGAUCUUUGGAUCUUUCUAUUCAUCAAAGAAUCCUGGAAAAAAAUGACUGUUUUAAAUAUUGAUAAUAAUAAUAAUCAGAAAUGUUUCUUGAGCAGCAUAUUAGAAUGAUUUCUGAAGGAUCAUGUGACACUGAAGACUGGUGUAAUGAUGCUGAAAAUUCAGCUUUGAUCACAGAAAUAAAUCACAGUUUAAAAUAUAUUCAUACAGAAAGCAGUUAUUUUAAAUAGUAAAAAUAUCCACAAUAUUACUACUUUUGCUGUAUUUUGGAUCAAAUAAAUGCAGGCCUGGUGAGCAGAAGAGACUUCUUUUAAAAACAAAAACUUUAGACUGGUAGUGUAUAUUAGUCCGUCGCCUACAUUUAUGCAAUCGUAACCAUUUGUGCUUGACAAACAGCAAGAAACGAAAAAGUCUAAAUGAACACUGUUGGAUGUGUCCUCUUGGAAAGCAAUAGGAUCUGUCCUGGAACAGGGACGAUGAUGUGGGCAUUAUGAUGUCUGUUCAGGUUGUGUUCGUUUUAUAUGAAUAUGAGGUUGUGUGUCUCCAGAGGAUGCGGCUGCUUUAAAAUGAUGUACAGAGAAAAUAUGACACAAAUAAGCACAAAUAGCCGUUGGGGAAUGUAGCACACAUGUACCUGUCGUAUCCACCGCCUCAUUCGCUUUUACAGAGACUAGACGUACCGGAAUCACACGUACAUCCUUGCGUGUAUGUGCGUGCCAGUGGGCAGAUCAGCUUCUUUCAUGGGUGAAUCUCACGAACGUGAAGCCUGCUGUAGGAGGCGUGCGACAAGCACAUCUUGACAUUUGGUCAAUCCAUCUCGAGUGGUCCUAAGUUGUAAAGUUGGUUGCUUGACCAUUUUUAAUUUUUCUAGUUUUUGAGUGAUUACCUCUGUCUGUUGGCAUUGCAAAACACCAGUUUUGUACUUGCUUGGUUUAACCACGGCGGUCGUCUUCGUCAUGGUGCACAACAAAUGCAAUGGGUCGUUUUUAUGGAAAACUCAGUAUCUUGGCUCAAGAAAAUCACAAGUCUGCUCUUUUUACAUUCUUUACAGCAUGCUGAGUAAAAUAGUACCCAAUUGUCCCAUCUCGGCAAUUUUGGGAAUGUUGCCAUUUUUAAUUUGGUGGGGGGGGGAAAGCUUUAUUUUAAGAAUGCAUUGGCAUAUCGUUAUGAAAUUUGGCAUGUGUGUUCGGCACCAUGCCCUGAAGGUACUCAAAAAGUGUUGGGGUAGUGCCACCUUGUGGUCAGAAAUUAUAAAAAAAAAAAAAAAAAAGUGGAUAACUUUUUGAUUAAUUUUGCCUAUUGUCAUGAUUCCUUGGAUCAUGCCGAAAACAUUGAUACCAAUUAUGCCAUAAUCGUCUGAACUUCCUCGCCAUUUUUAUGUUGAAAACGUACUUUUUUUUUUCGAUCUUCACCUACACCGUUGUUACGAUUUUCACCAAAUUUGGCUAAGAUCAUCUUCAGACCAUGCCGGCAAAAAAUGAUGGAUUUCAUGUCAAUAGCUAAAAUGGUUUUCAUUUAACGCAUCAAUUUUGAUGGCAUGGUGCCAAACUGCAUCUAAAGCUGUAUCUCUGCAAAGCUUUGACAUUCUGACACCAAACUUUGUGUAUCAUUGUCAUUUCACACUGACCACACUGCAUCAAUUUGAUAACAAUGCUACCUAUUGGUGAAAAGUGAUGAACCAUUAAAUCAUAUUACUAAUGAUUGAAUUUAUGAUUUUUCAGCCAGUUUGAGUAAAAUCAUCUUAAAAUGUCUUUAAUCACCCACUGUUGCAUUUGGUCUGAUCCUCCUUGCAAUGAUUGCUACUCAUUCUGCCUCUGUUGUGCUUGGCCCCUUAAUUGCUGCUUGCAUUUGGACUUAAAUUUUUUAAUCUAAGGAACGUUCAUGUUUAUGUAUCUUGAAAUGUGCAUUUGAGAAGUUUUUGAUUCAAGGAGCUUCAGGACCAUCUUGAGCCAGUGAUUUGUCUGAGCCAGGAUACUGAGGUUUCCAUAAACAUCCGUAUGACACAAAAUUUGUUGUGCACCAUGACAAAAAGACCACCACCGUGGUAAAAUGAAAAUUUAAAAAUGUUGAUCACUCAAAAAAAUAAAAGAACAUUUAAAAAUGGUCAAUUAGCUCCAUUGGACCACUUGGGAUAUUCCAGUUACAACUAAUUAUAAUGUCUAGAAUUUUUGUGAGGAUCUUUUUGUGAGAUUCACUCUGAUAUCUGGCAUUUUCUUUUCCACUUGUUUCAGUUCAAUUGUUCAGAAAGAACCGUUGUUGUUCUCCAUUAAAGCGUGCCUUCUGUAGCCCCCCAAAUCAAACGAAUAAUCAGCAUGUUUUAACUGUUUUAAUACAACAAUGGCAAUCAGAAACGAAAACCUGCUUGGUCCAAAAGCUUGUAGGUAAAUGUCGAGGUUGUAGAGAUUCUAGGUGCCUAGAAAACAGCAUUGACCCAACAAUGCUAAAAUCAUCAAUCCUGCUUUAGCAAAGUGCUGUUCAUGAAUCAACUACCGUCAGUCAAAUUGGAUUCGCACUUGCAAAGUGUCCUCAGGCUUUGCUAAUGUUUUCCCUCUGAUUGUGACGUCUAAUGAAUCAACCCAUGGUGUUUAUCUCAGGGUUAUAGAGAAGAAGUGAUUGCAAUCAUCUGAGAAGCUUAAACCUGUACAUUCACAAACAAGUGUUUCUUUGCCAAAACAUCACAUUUUGAGACGAUCGUCUCUCGGUGUAAUGAUGAAGCACUUAGUUUCUUUUCUUUUAUUUUGUAUGGUGAUGCCAAAGAAAAGUAAGUCAGCAUAUGCUCUGAAGUGGAUGUAAACUUUGUGUCUGGAUCUUCUAAAGAUCUCAGCCUGCACUGAUGUCCACCCGUACACUCCUGGAGUGCAUCAUCAAUCGAGCAUCGUCCUCAUCCGCGAUCACAUACGUGAGCUCCAGUGAUGCUCUGUUCAGAACGGUUUCGUUUAUGAGACAAAAGUAUCUGAUAUGUAGCGUACGUGAUGCGUGUCAGUGAUCGAAGGGUUAGUUCACCCAACCCCAGUUCUUUAUUCAGUCUUGUCGUCCCAACCCCGUUUCUGUGUUCUUUUCCAUACAGUGACUAGGGUCCAAAACGGACAAAAAAAUAGUCCAUGCGCUACAUUCCAAGUCUUCUGGUGUCUUAUUAUGCUUCGCCCAAAUUGAAGCAUCUAUUUACUGAAAACCUUCCCCAGUCACCGUAGAUCUCGGCAAGUAUGCGGAUAGCAUCGUAACCAAUGGACUUUUUAUCAGAAGACUAGAAUAUACACCACAAAACACUGUCAUUUUGUGUUGCACAGAAGAGUCGUUCAGGUUUGGAACGAUGCCGCAGUGGAUGAACGACGGCUGAAUUGCCUCACUCCUUCACUGGCUUAAACCGCGACGGCCGUCUGCUGUAUCCGUACAGACCACAGACAGCAACCUGUACAGAUUUCAUGUAUCUUAGCUGCUUUAAUAGGGACUAAUCAUAGCGCUGGUCAUUUGCCGUUCUCUGGUUCAGUAUGCACCCAACGCAAACAUGGAAUACUGUGCCUUUAGUGACCUAGUUUCAGCCUCCUGCAAGAGUUCACGCUUCUUUAUCAUGCUUCGUUGCCGUUUGUGUACCAAAACUAUAACAUAUACUCUACGUAAUCUCUGUAAAUGUUCAGCUUCUGUGCAAUCAUUUUCCUCCCAUGACGAGUAGAUCUUGAUACUCGUAUGUUGUUAGUAAACCGUCUGCUUGAACGACAAAGGGUAACUAGUCUUUGCAUUUGGUUAUUCUUUUGUCUCUACUGUUGGCUUUCCCUGGAAGGGUGAAUGGCUGGAAAUCAUCGAGACCAUCAAGGGGUGUGCGAUAUUGACAAAAAAAUGAUAUCGCGAUAUUUUCUGGGAUUUUUGUCGCUAAUGAUAAUUAGAUGAUUCUUAGUGUGUUUUUGUGCUGGUACGUUGGCUGGUUUAAGCCCGUCAUGGCUCACAAAGAUGUUCAUAUUCAUAGAAAAUGAACUUUUUUCUAUAAAUUUUCCAUCUCAAAUGGCAUUUAUAUGUAUUUACACAGACUGCUCAAUGCAGCUCGGAGGUGGCAUGAAUGCAGUUACAAAUGCACCGUGUCCUAACCAAACAUAACGCGACAGGAUUCCAGCGACAAGCAAUUUGUCAGUCCACACCAGACAUGACACGGCUAUGCGACGCAACAAAAUCAAUCAAAUUUCACAGCCAAUCAGAAGCAUGUGUGGGCGGAGCCUCUCUGCAAGCGCACUGCACUCCCAACAAAAUUUAUGUUUAUAAUCGAAUUAAUAAAUAUUAUUAGAUGCCUUAUUAAACGUAUACUAAGUGACUGACACUAUUGUUAUGAAAUACACUUGUUGGUUCGCAUUGAGGUCACCGUUUAAACACAAAUGUUUGCUGUAAGUUAUUUUCAGUGUCUGAGGUAAACUAUCUAUUGUUGCUUUCGGUAUGGCUAUAAAGGUCAUGCAAAAUUAUAUUCAAACUCACUUUUAAUGUUGAAUAAAGCGCAUAAUCAGUACCUGAUAUUAUCACUGUCAUAGUUUGAAUGUCGUUUUUUUCUAACAUCGCAGAAAAUAGAAAGCGCUGCCGCUUGUCACUGGAACGUCUGAUCAGGACAAAAACUCAGAUUUACAUGGAAAAGAUAGCUUUUAUCACAUCGCAGCAUCGCGUCUGGUUAGGACAUUUUUAAUGUUUUAAAAAUAACAUUUGGGAUGAAUAAUUUUAAAAAUUAAACAAUAUUUUAAGUAUGAAACUAAAACCACCAGUAGGUGGCAGCAAGUCACUUGUCUUAAUGAGGGAGUCGUUGAAUCAUUCCCUCAAACGAUUUGUUCAAAAACUUGGAUUCAUUCAGUAACGAAGGGCUCACAAUGUUUUUGCUGCGGCUUUGUCUGAAAGUAUUUUCAUUGGGCAAAAUACAGCAAAAACAGACAAUACUGUGUAUUUUAACUCCAUUUAAUAUAAAAUUCCUGUGUAAAAUCAAUAUCACAUUUGCAACUGUGCUGAUAUUUGUAAAAACAGCACUUACAAUAUACUCGUGUGACAUCGCUGAACUACCAUAUGAUAUAGGACAAAAACUCAUAAAGGGCAUUUUUUUGCCCUUAAAUCUUGACUUUCGCAUCAUUCUGACUGCAUUCUGCUAGUCUACAUCAUGCGGUGGAAUCGUGCUCUAAGAUAUAGUUUGUGAGUGACAUACUCAACAACAUCAGCUCUCACGUCGCUUAAACAGCAAUUAGUAUAAUAUCCUAGAAUACGCACAUCGCACACCCCUAAGACCCAGCUUUUCUUUAGGGUUGAGUGGUCAGUUUUAAGCACUUUGUGCCGUUCUUUCCUACUCAAUCCAUUGAGAAAGUGAAGUGAAUAUACGAGCCCAUGACGGCUCAUUCAUUCUUCUAAUGGAGCUGAAUAUUGAAGAAAAGUCAUAUUUCAUCCACAGAAAUAAAGUGAAGCCAAUUUGUAGGACCAUUACCCCUUUUUUUUUGCAUUUAUGAAGAUGUCUGGACAUCUUAUUGUUAUUAAAGUCAGCAUGAAUAAGAUUCAAUACUAAAAGUUUUUAAGCUUUUAAAUGGUUUUUGGUGAAGUGUGACCCUCACGAGCUUCACUCAAAUAUCCUUCAGUGUUGUCGUUCACUUCCGAUGCUCCGUUCAGAUGUGGGUCAGUUCACCGACGCUCUGAACUCCUGCAGCGCCUCAGAAACCUGUCGUGAAAGAUCUCUCGCUUGUCCGGCUGCAGCUUUUGCUGUCAUAUCAAAGUCCAAACUCUCCUGUCUCGAUUACUAUGCAGUGUAAUUUUCCCACGAGCCCCUGCGACCGAGCAGUUUUUUUCUGUCGUUCUCUCUUGAAAGAGUAAAUGAGGCGCAGGAGAGGUGAAGCACUUGUAGUCCAUUAAUAAUCACACGUGUCCUGGACACGGUUAGGAUACGAUGAUAUGAAUGUUGCAGGAGUUUAUCCUUCUAUGUUCUUUGUUUCAAAGAAUGUUGUGCCAUUUGUUAAUAGCAGAGAAAACUAUUGAACAUAUAAUUAGAAAAAAAGAAGAGCUAUUUUAAAUUAUUUUAGGCUUUUUUUGCGAUAUUUAUUUUCUUGUAUUGGAAAUCUUUAUAGAAGGAAAAAAGACAUGUAUUUUUCAUCAGUGCAAAAACCUAUUUUUUCCUUUUUGUACAUUUUCCAUGUUAAGCAGUCUUUAGAGCAAUAUAAUGUUCAUGUGACUGUAUGUGCAUGCUGUUUGUGAUGCCUUAAUAACAGCUCCCGUCCCAUCAUCGCCAGCGCUCGGCUGUGGUCGACCAGUGCAGUCAAUAAAGCUGUGCUUUCUGUCUAA